GCAAAGCCUUCGCCGGACAAGCCGAUCGCAAAUAUUCGCCCAGUUGAAUAACACUUCUAAGCCAUCGCAUAGAAUUGGCUUUUUAAGACUGACACCCUACUACACUUCCUCGAAAACACUACCCUCUAGUCGCGACGAUGGCAUCGACGUCGCAAUCUCAACCUAAUGGCGUACCUUCAUCUUCAGCGCCAGGCCCAUCACAACCAGCAUCACAACCAACUCAAAAUACCACAACAAGCGGUUCGGCAACCGUCCAAAAUACACAAGCGACUGGUACUUCGACAGGAACCACCAAUAAUUCUAACGGCGGAAACUCGCAGACAGCACCACAAGCGCCAUCCUCACCCACAACAUCCCACGCGCCGCGACCGCGCGAUGCCCGCACAAUCGAGCUACUAUUAACAUCCCAAGGCGUAACAUCAUUCGACGAGCGCGUUCCUCUUUUACUUCUCGACUUCGCGUACCGACACACAUCGUCAUUACUUUCCGACGCGCUUCACCUAUCCACGGAUCCAUACACAACACACGCCGGCGCAAAAGCAAGUUCUUCAUCGGGCGCCGCGCCAACUGCACCAUCGGCCGGCGAAGCCGUCGUUACUUCCAACGCGAUCAACUUAGCCAUCGCAUCUCGGCAAUCAUACCAAUUCCAUGGCGCGGCUGGGGCCGGUGGCGGUGGCACGAGUAAGGAUUGGUUACAAGAUCAUGCGCGAGAACGCAACAAGGUCGCGUUACCUCGUGUUCUCGCUAACGAGUGGGGCGUUCGUUUACCUAACGAGCGCUUUGUAUUAAGCGGCACGGGUUGGGGAUUACGAGAUCAGUGGGGUGAAGAAGGUGGGCCUGAUGAUGAAAGCGACGAUGACGAUAUGUUUGAGGAUGUGAAUAUUCAGAAUAAGGACGCCUCUGGAAAUGCUACGGGUGCGGGCGAGGGAGCUCAAGAUGGAGAAGGAGGUGGUUUGGAUGAGCUACUCGGGGAUGAUAUGGGCGAUGAGGAUAUGGAGGGGAUGGAAUGAUUCGUUCGGUGAUGAUAUCUUACUAUUGCGAUGUCACCCUGCCGGCUUCAUGAAGGCUGGAUAAAGGUUGGAUGCUACAGCGAUGAAAUACUACUGCUAUGGCUGAUGGAAACCCUAACGAACUUGCAACGAUACUAAUGCUGCGCACCCCGACACUUACGCAAGCCUAAAAAUCCUUUCGACCAACGACUAUGCUACACAAAACAUAAGCGAGUUGUAUAGGAAGGCUA